UUUCUUUCAGAAAAAGUCAGCAAAGCCAACAACCACAAAGACAGUAACAUGGUGGGAAUAAACAGUCCGUUCCUGGACGAGUGCUUCAGACAAUCACCCUUUAACUCGCGCUCCAAGAGCUCUUCCCCCGCAGAAGCCAGCUCCUCUAACAGGGCACCAUUCCACGACUCAGAGAAGGAUGAUGGGGAGCCGGGAAACGGGAUCGCUCAGUGGAGACUAAAUGAACAACUCUUCCCCUGUCCUGUCUGUGGCAAGGUGUUCGGUAGACAACAGACCCUUUCUAGACAUCUGUCUCUGCACACAGAAGAGAGGAAGUACAAGUGUCACCUGUGUCCUUACGCAGCCAAGUGCAGGGCUAACCUCAAUCAGCACCUGACCAUCCACUCUGUCAAGCUGGUCAACACAGACGCUGAGCAGAUCGUCAGCGCUGUUACAGCCGACUCUGCUGAGCGCAAGAACUGCCCCUACUACUACAGCUGCCAUGUGUGUGAUUUCCAGACGGAGCUGAAUGCCCAGUUUGUCAGCCACAUGUCGCUCCAUGUGGACAAGGAGCAGUGGAUGUUCUCACUCUGCUGCAGCGUCUGUGACUAUGUCUGCAUGGAGGAGAACGACAUGAAGAAUCACAUUAGUACUGGACAUGCAGGUCUGAACUCAAGGAGUCCCCUCAGCGAGACCAAGAGCACCUCCUCGUCCCUCUCGGCCCUCAGCGACUCACUCAACAGCUCGGAGAGCGGAGACCUCACCCACGGUAACGAAGAACUCAGGGGCUUGCUCGCCCCGCCCUCCUCCGCAGGCAGCCAGUCCAGCUCUGGAAGCCACUCGGGAUCAGGAACUGAGGACAAGUCUGACAAAGGCUUCGAGUGUGUCUUCUGCAAUUUUGUGUGCAAGACGCGUAGCAUGUACGAGCGGCACCUCCAGAUCCACCUCAUCACGCGAAUGUUUGAGUGUGAUGUCUGCCACAAGUUCCUCAAGACGCCCGAGCAGCUGCUGGAGCACAAGAAGUGCCACACCGUCCCCUCCGGAGGGCUCAAGUGCCCUUUCUGCAUCUACUCCACCAAUCGUCCAGCGGCCAUGGAGUGCCACCUUAAGACGCACUGUAAGAUGGAGUACCGCUGCCGCAUCUGCCAGGGACUGUGGCCCGACCAGGCCUCAUUGGAGGCCCACAUGCGCGGGCACCGCCUGGGCAACCAUUACAAGUGUGAGCAGUGUGGCUACUUGUCCAAGACGGCCAAUAAGCUGAUCGAGCAUGUGCGUGUGCACACGGGCGAGCGGCCCUUCCACUGCGACCGCUGCUCUUAUAGCUGCAAGCGCAAGGACAACCUCAACCUGCACAAGAAGCUGAAGCACGCGCCGCGCCAGACUUUCGGCUGCCAAGAGUGCCCUUUCACCACCACACACCCCUUUGUCUUCAGCCGCCACCUCAAGAAACACCAGAGUGGAGGAGCGGGGGGAUUGGACGGAGGCGUAGGAGGAGGAGAAGAAGUAGAGGAAGAUGAGGAGGCAGGAGAGGAGGAGCUGCCACUCCAGGGAACAUCACCAGGAGGUUCUUCGCUGCGGAAGAGUCAGGAGAACUUCCUGUUCAGCCGAGGGGGAGGGAGCAGUGGAGGGAGUGGGAGUAACAGCCCUCUCAUGAGUCUAACGGCGUCCCAGGCACUCCAGUCCGUCGCCCUGUCACUCACACUGGGCAAGUCCCACCAGCUGGACGCCUCCGGCCCUCUGCACUACUCGGUCAGCACUAACGGGAACAAUGCCACCAGAAACCCCAGCGGCCCGAGCAGCGGCAGCCCCUCCCUCUUCUUCCCCUCCUCCCGCCACGUGUUCGAGCAGUACAGGAACUGCGACCGUGCACACCUGAUCCCCCUCACCACCUUGUUCACCCACAACAGCCGCUUCACAUUCCACUCGCACCUCCACUCCAGAUGGCGGCCCGCCACAUCUCCUCUCCUCUUCUCCUCCAACUCAGCGUCCCCCUCCCGCUCUCCCCCCUCGCCCUCCUCCCACAAACACUCCUUCCUGGCCUACCUGGGACUGAUGGAGAGGGCCAAGACUGUUUGACCUCGUCCACUUCCUCUCCUCCUCCUCCUCCUCCUCCUCCUCGCUCUUUCCCUCACUCCUCGGACGGUGGUGUGAAUGACACUUGACCACUGCAGUGGGAGCAACGUCUUUUCCAAUCAGACCAGCAGAAUAAGCUGGACCAGACAAACAUAUUGAAGAAAAGAAGAAAAAAAAAACAUUUAUAAGAGAAAAAGGCUGUACAUGCUAAAAAUGCAUUUAUAUCAAAAAGCUGCUUUUCUUAUCAGUUCUAUCAAUUGAAUUAUUACUACUUCAGCUACUACUCUCUAUUACCUUUUUUUCUGUUUUUAAAUGUCUGAAUGACUUGGACCCAGUUGCAUUAUCUGAGGAAACUAACGUAUCUCAAUUUUAUAGAUAUUUUUCUUUAGUCGUUUGACGAGAUAAAAAGAUGAAACAAAACUUGCAAGUGCUAUAUUUUAGUGCAUUUUUGUCUCUUGCUAUUAUGCAUCGAAAUAGCAUGCCUGUGUUUCAACUAGCUUUGACGUCAUUAGGAAGCUAAAUUCGAGAUAUCCUGAAGUGUUAGCGGUGCAACGUGGACAGAACCAAUGAAACGGAAUGCUUUUCAUUGUAAAAGGCACGUUUCCAAAGCAACGCCUCAAACCACGCACUUACUUAUUUAUCAGUCUUGUACAUAGUUUUGUAGCCCUUCCCCCUCCCAUCUUUUUGAUUUCUGUUGUUUUUUUUGUAUAAUGGUGAAACCAUAUUAUGCAUAGCUGCUGCCUGAUAUCACCCCUGUCUCAGAAUAUAUUUAAAUGGAUUACUAGCUAAUUUUUUUGUAAGCUCUCAAAACAGAAGAUAAGCUGUGAUAAUGUAAAUAAGGAAAAUCGGACCUAUCGAGACAUUUAUUACUAGUUAUUUGAAUAUAAAAUGAAUUUGCACUCACAGGUGAAGAAGCAGUGUAAAAAUGAGACUCGCAACAAAGUGGAAACAUGAAUUCGUAGUUCCUGAGACCAGGUAGAUAUCAGCGCAGCUUCACAUGCAGAACUAUGUAUGAUGCACCUAUACUUAGAAGAGAUAUAUGAGAUAACUGUUUUGUGGAGGUGACCAGCGCUGGGUUAGCGAGCUACCCACAGCCAGCGUCACCACAGGCCGAUUCAAUGGUGCUUUUUGGAGCUUUUUGUAAUUUUUUGUGUACAAAAAAAAAAGAAAAAAACUGUUCCAAAAUGACUUGAAUGAAUGUAUUUUUUGUUUAUGUACAUGAAAAAGAAGCGAUACAGAAGUGUGAACAGGGACGUCUUCUGUGCUGGAUAAGACGGGAAAGUUAGUGUGUUUGGUGGCCUUCUGUGUCUUUUUUUGUUUUGUUUUUGAUUUUCUUCAAUUUGUUUUUAUUAUUAUUACUUUUUUACUGAGCCUUUUACAUCAUAAUAAAACAUUUUCUACUAACAUUCAUAGAGAUCCCAUCGUGAGGAAAAAGCUCCUGAAGGUGCAAUGAUGAAGCAAAGCCAUUCACUUGUACAGCAUUGUGUUCAAUGGCACUGGCUUCUGUUAGGCCGGCAGACAUGGUACUGCUUUUUGUCCCCCUCCUUCCCCUUUGAGUUUUAAUUGCACUUAAUGUAGUUAUACUUCAAGCCAAAAGCACUUAAACCUUUAUUUUCCUUUUUUUUUAAGUGCAAACUUAGCUCCACCAAGUUACGAUAAUGUAAAGUGGACAGUAGUUGCUGGAAAUGACUCAAUCAGCACCCCUUAGUUUCACAUGUAGGCAUUUCUAGCAGUGCAAAAGGGUCUGCCUCUGUGAAAUCAGAGAACAUCAAUGAAUACAAAUUGCAUGAAUUAGACAGUAGAGGUCAAGCUCUCCCUGGGAACUAAGGGUCCCAGGCUAAAUUGUGAUAGCCAGUUUUGCACAGUGCUGCACUUUUUGAUUAAGAGAAUAUGUAUUUAUCCGUAAAAUGCUCAAAAAAAGUAUGAUUGCGAGAUAGGGCGGCAUAGCAUUUUAUUUUGAAGAAAAAAAAAGCUUUACCCAUUAAUAAUGGCGCUUGUGUUAAGUAAGUGGUCUUCAAGCCAAAAUCCCUUAUUGUAAAGGGAUUGUUUUAUAUUUUCCUUAUGUUCUCCUUUUGUUUAUUUUACUCAUGCAUUUUCUUAUAAUGAAUCAUUGUUGCUUUUUAAAAAAAAAAAUGUUUCUACUUAAAUCAUGUCAGAAAAAUUUGGAAAAUGAAUUGUCGAGACCAAAAUGUAAUUCGCCGCAGGAUGUGAUGUUAGGAUUGAAUCCGUCACAUCCUGCUCUGGAGCGAUGCCUCGAUUGUCCCCCUUUACACUGCUGUUUGUUUGUUCCUUUUUGCUCUAUCAAUGUCUGGCAUGCUGUCUCUGGAGUGAAAGGAGCAUCCCUCCAAUACACACACACACACACACACACACACACACACACACAGACAGACAGACACACACGCACACAUACACACACACACUCUCUCCUUGUACUAUCUACGUUAUCUUUUAUACUCUAGUGCCACUUGGUGGAAGGAAACCACCUGAGACUUCUGAGAAUGAGUCAAACUAAUUGUCAGGGUCCAAAAGGAAGAAAAAAGAUAAAAAGAAUGUGUCCACUCCUGACACCUUUUUAAAAUGUCUGCCUUUUAUUACAGCAUAAUCAUGAAUGGCUGCACUUCUUCUUUAUGCCACCCCCCUCCCUCAGUUUGAGUGUAAUGUUUAAAAAGGCAACAGGGCUCUAUCCUUUUAAAACCAAUAUUCUUAAGCACUUAUUCUGUUUAUUUUUGCCCAAUUGUAAGCAGCACAGUGACCUUUUUUUUAAGCUCGACUACCUUUUCAGCACUUCAGAGUAUGCAUGACAUUGUCCUCAGCACUUAAUUGUGUUUAAAACUAACUCCCUCGGUUGCGUUUAGUUAGCAUCACACUGCACUGUCUACAAUCAGUUAGCUUUAAGUUUGGCUGUAUUUUAUGAUUAGAAAAAGGCUCAGCUAUCUUUUGGCACUCAGUAAAGCUUGGUAUGUGCUGUACAAAGCUUUUUUUUAUUACUCCAUUGUUAAGGCUGUACAGGGUUGUGACGAUAACUGGUAAAUAGAUCAUUUGUACUUUUUUGGUUUUGUAUUUGUUUUCUUUGUUUGGCAUUAUUUUAUGUUCAACUUGCCAGGUCUAAAUGUAACAGGAUUUGAAAGUAAAGCUUACAUCAAAUAUUA